AUGGCCAUGCAGAGCAGUCUUCUCAUCGGCGCAGUAGGCGGCCUCGUCGUCGCACUCCUCCUCUUUCUGCGAUGGCACUGGCCCCGGCACUGGGCCUGGCACCUGGUCGGCGCCAGCUCGAGCCCACUGCGCAGGCUGCCGGGCCCGCCCAGCCGGCACUGGCUCUACGGUGCCCUCGACAUGGCCCGGAUGGCCGAGAACAAGCACACCGACGUCAUUUCUGACUUAACGCAAGAGUACGGCCGCGUCUGGACGGCACAGCUGCCCUUCUUUGCGCAGGCCCUCUGCCUCGUCGACACGGCUGGCCUGCGCCACGUCCUCACCUCGCCCGCCUUUGAGGUGCCGGCAUCGGAGCUGUGGCUGCGCAGGCUCGCCUUUGGGGGCGGCUUGGCCAUCUCCGUCGGCGACGAGCACCGCCGCCAGCGCCGGGUCCUGCGGCCCGCGUUCGGCGAGGGCGAGACGGCGGGCCACUACCCCGUCAUCGCGGAUCUCUGCGGCGUACUCGUGCAGCGCUGGAAGGACAAGGCUGCCGGAGUCUCGACGACUGCGACGACGAUCGACGUGCAGGCGGAGCUCGAGCUGCUGACGCUCGACAUCCUCGGCCGCGUCGCCUUUGCCCACCGCUUCGACGGCCUGCAGCGCGGCUCGACGAAGCUGGGCACGGCCCUCUGCCGCUGCUGGCGCCUCCUCUUCAGCGGCUCGCCCUAUGCGCUGCUGCGCAUAUCCCCACUCGGCGGGCUCGUCGUCGCGCUGGGCCGCCUGUUCCGGGUGCAGGAGCAGCUCGACUUUGACGCUGCGUACUGCGAAGUGACCGAGGUGGCCCGCGAGCUCGUCUGCAAGGGCCGCUCCGAGGGUGAGGGCGAGUGCGAGGGCGGCACCCACGUGCUGUCGCUCAUCCUUGGCGGAAAUUUGCCCCAGGGCACAGACGUCGUCGGCAUGGUCACCUCCCUCGUCAUUGGCGGCCACGACACGGUGGCGAUGUCGGCCGCCUGGGCCCUGCUCUCGUUGGCCCGCCACACGCGCGUCCAGGACAAGCUGCGGCGCGAGCUCUUCGACGACAGGAAGGCUGGCGGCUGGGAGCACGACGUCGCUGCCCUCGCUGCGCUGCCCUAUCUCGAGGCCGUCGUCAGCGAGGCGCUGCGCAUGCAUGCCGUUGCUGCGCUCAUGCAGCGUGUGGCGCGCGAGGACACCGUUGUGCCCCUCUCGUCGCCCGUGCAGGCCCGCGACGGCACCUGGCUCGACCGCAUCGCCGUCCAGCAGGGCGACAUUGUCCUCGUGCCCAUCCACGAGUACCACAUCGCCGAGCACGUCUGGGGCGCCGAUGCGCGCCAGUUUCGCCCCGAGCGCUGGCUCGAUCGCGGGCCCGAAGCGCCCGCCGCGCUGACCUUUUCUGCCGGGCCGCGCAACUGCCUGGGCGCCAGGCUGGCCUGCAUCGAGCUGCGCGCCAUCGUCGCACACGUCGUCGCGCACUUUCGCCUCGCGCCAGCUGUGGACGACGCCGACAUCGGCGCCAGAAACACGCCCAUCCAGCGGCCCGUCGUCGAGGGCCAGCCAGGCUUCCAGCUGCCCCUGCGCGUGGUGCCACUCUGA